AUGUCUUACAGAAAAAGUAAUAGAGAAGUUAAACCUCCAAAAAGGUAUACCCCUGAUCAGAAUGAAAAUCAUGAUACAGACAAAUUAUCAAAGAAUGUUUCUGAGAAUGGAAAAAAUGACACUCAAGAAGUAGCAUUGAGACAACCCAGCAUUACUUCUAGUAGUUCAAGGAAAACAAAAAGUAAAUCAGCAACAUCAAGCAGCAGGAGACAAAUGGAAAUAGAACUUGAAAAGUUGGAGGAAAUACAAAAACUGGAACGAGAAAAUGAAGAAAAGGAGCUGGAAAGACAAAGACUGAUGGAGGAGAAGGAGAUGGAGCUACAAGGACUGGAGCUGGAGAAGGAAAUAGAGCGACAACGUCUGGAGAAGGAAAUGGAGCGACAACGGCUGAGAGACGAGAGGGAGCUAGAGCGACGUAAACAAAUGCUGGAAAUAAGGACUUCUAUGAAAUCACUAUCGGCAAAUGGUAGUCAAGUCUGCGGAUCUGAGGUAAGCAUAAGUCAAAGCUUAAUAUCUCAGAGAGAGGAGAGAGAAUCUGAGAGUAAAGUCGUAAAGUGGCUGAAUGAUAAUGAACCGACAGUUCAUCAGUGUUCAUCAACCGCUAUGACCACGGCUGCACAAUUACUAGCAGAUUCAGUCAAAAAAGCUAUUCAACCAACCUCUCUUUGCCGCCAACAACUACCAAACUUUAGUGGUAGACCAGAUGAGUGGCCUAUGUUCUUUUCUGCAUUUGAAAAUACCGUAAAAUUGUAUUCUGAUGAUGACAAUCUAGCUAGACUUAGAAACUGUCUUGAAGGCGAAGCCUUCAAAAUGGUGAAACCUCUUUUUGUUUCCAGUAAAAACUUGCAUGCCAUAAUUAAAACGUUACAGAUGCGUUUCGGUAGGCCCGAGUUUAUCAUUGAGUCUAUAAUGAACCAAACUAGAAUGCUAGCCCCUGUAACUGAAGACGAUAUUGUUGGCCUCAUCGAGUUUUCUACAACCAUUCUUAACUUUACCUCGACAGCUGUGUCUCUUCAUAUGGAGUACUACAUGACGAACCCUCAACUACUCAGUGAACUGUUAGGAAAAUUGCCUUAUCAAAUGAAGUACCAUUGGGCUCAACAUGUGAGCAGUAUGUGUUUAACUAGACCUAGCCUAAGUGAUUUUUCAGAUUGGUUAGAGAGACAAUGUUCCAUCAUGAGUAUCUAUUUUCAUCCAAACAAGGACGUCCCGACUAGAAAGAAAAAUGACUUCAAACCUGUGUUGACCAACUCUUUAAAAGCAGCAGUUCCCGCAGUUGACCCACUUACCUGCGUGUUCUGUGGUGGUAAGCACGAUAAUGACAAAUGCUCUAUGCUUCGGAAAGCUGAUAUUUCCGAAAGGUGGAAAAUGCUGGACCAUCACCGUCUCUUACAUAACUCCAAUCUUGAAAGACCUCCAACGAAAAGAAAUGAGGGAGAGUUAAAAUCGAGAGAUGAAGUAAUUGGUAAUCAUUUUGAGAAUAACUUAUCAAACCGUGUUUUGCUUCGUGUUUGUCCUGUCACGUUGUACGGUCCCAAGUCCCAGGUAGAUACUUAUGCCCUUUUAGACGACGGCUCGACUGUAUCACUUCUGGAUUCAUCAAUUGCCGAUGAACUUGGUAUCAAAGGUGAGAUUGUUCCUUUGACAACAUGUUGGUCUAACAACACAAGACACUUUGAAUCUCAAUCAAAGAGAAUAGAUUUAAAAAUAAAAGCAUUUUACGAGGAUGAAAUCUUUACAUUGAAAGGGGUUAGAACUCAGUCCACUUUAGAGUUACCACACCAACAAAUAGACAGUGUCAAAUUGAGGAAGAACUGGCCUCACCUAAACUCGAUCAACCAACCUCUUCCAUUAGCGAGUGUCAGGCCCACUCUCUUGAUAGGCCAAGACAACUGUAACCUAAUUCUAACCCGUAAGAUUAUUGAAGGUCCUACUAACGCCCCAGUACUGUCAUGGUGCCUUCUUGGUUGGACUCUACAUGGGAAGUGUGCACAAUUCAGAGAUCGUGUGGAUGAAAAUUUUACCCUGCUCUCAUAUGAAGAAUCUUCACUUCAUGACAUGGUAAAGAAAUCCUUUGAAUUAGAGAAAUAUGGAGAAACUAGAUCAAACAACCUGAAAUUGUCCAUAGAAGAAGAACGUGGAGUAUCAAUUCUUGAGGAUACCAUAAAGAAAACAGGAGAUCAUUACGAAGUUGGUCUUUUAUGGAAAAAUGACGAAUUUAAUUUUCCUCCAAGCUAUGACAAUGCUCUGAGAAGAUUAAAUACUCUUGAAAAGAAAAUGGAAAGAAAUCUGGAAUUUAAUGAAGCUUAUACAACCAAGAUUGACGAAUACAUGGAAAAAGGAUAUAUUAGAAAACUCAGCCCUGAAAAAGCUGCUAUCAUAACAGAUCUAACAUUCUAUCUACCCCACUUUGGAGUAUCGAAUCCGAACAAACCUGACAAAAUAAGAUUGGUUUUCGAUGCUGCUGCUAAAUCUCACGGAGUUUCGUUCAAUGAUGCACUACUCAGCGGCCCUGACUAUUUGAAUCCAUUGCCAUCUGUGCUGUUAAAAUUCCGGUUAGGAAAAUUUGCUAUCGUGGGAGAUAUAAAGGAGAUGUUUCACCAAGUAAAUAUAAAAGAUGAAGACGUUGACUCACAAAGAUUUCUGUGGCGAAAAGACAAAACCAAAACCCCAGAUACCUACAUAAUGAAAGCGAUGACCUUCGGAGCAACAUGUUCACCAAGCUCUGCACUGUUUGUUACAAUAAAUGAUGAUUCUGAUUCUGAUUCUGAUUCAACCGACACAGAAGAGGAAGCUAAACAACGUGUUCAAGAAAUAAUUGAGAUACAUAGAGCUGGAGGAUUCCAAAUUUGUAACUGGAUGUCUAAUUCAAAACAAGUGCUUUUGAAAAUUCCUGAAAACCUGAAAGCCAGCCAAGCCAAACAUUUGAUGCCCGAUACUCGACUUCCUACAGAACGAGUACUUGGAUUAUGGUGGGACGCUGAAUCCGACUGCUUUGUGUUCCAUCGCAAUGUCGAAAAACUUGAAUUUCUCGAAUCUGAGUAUCCGACGAAACGAGAGAUUCUUAAAGCAGCUAUGUCAAUUUUCGAUCCUCUAGGUCUGAUUGCCCCUACCACAGUAAAAGGGAGACUACUGGUUCAGGAUAUAUGGAGAACAAAACUAGGUUGGGAUGAUGUUGUGACACCUGAACUUAGUCUGAAGUGGAAAGCUUGGAUGGAUGAAGUCAAAAGUCUUCGAACACUGAAAAUACAAAGGUGCUACUUCAACACACGAGUCAGUGACUCAGUUGAACUUCACAUAUUUGUUGACGCAAGUGAAGAAGCCUUUGCUGCAACUGCAUAUCUGCGUCAGGAGAACAAAGACACUUACGAAACGACAUUGAUCAUGUCACGUGCCAAAGUGGCACCCAUCAAGAACCUGACUAUACCUAGACUGGAACUCCAAGCUGCCGUUUUAGGAUGUAGAGUAGCUUCUGCUGCUGAACAAGAUUUGGGCGUUUCAAUCCAAAAGAAAACGUAUUGGUCUGAUUCCCAAACAGUCCUACACUGGAUUAAGUCAGAUCCAAAAAACUAUAAACAGUUUGUCUCUAAUAGAAUUGGAGAAAUCCAAGAACUUUCUUCAGCAGAAGACUGGAAAUGGGUCCCCACAAAAUUGAACCCUGCCGACUAUGCAACUAGAAGCAUGAAAAGGUUCAAGUCUGACAUUCAAAACAAAUGGCUCCAUGGUCCCCAAUUUCUAUCUUUAAACUGUGAACACUGGCCCACACAACCACCGAAUCUACAAGUGAAAGAAGACCAAGAAACCAAACGCCAGUUUACCGGCUUACAUGCAGAUGACGAAGCAAAAAUAAUUGACGUUUCAAAGUUCUCGUCAUGGGAGAAACCGACUAGAAUUGUUGCUUGGAUUUUGAGAUAUGUCAAUAACUUAAAAUCGAGGUGCAAAUCAAACGACAAAACUCAACUUCGAUUUGGACCAAUAGACUACAACAACCUCGUUGAGCUGGAACCUAAAGAACUGAAAGCUGCCGAAGAAAUUCUUUUGAAAUCUGCACAGGAUGAAACCUUUGGUGAAGAAAGGAAACUUUUGAUGAGAAAGAAGUCUAUUCCAAAGUCAAGCCGCAUUUAUUUAUUCUCUCCAUAUUUGGAUUGUAACAAUAUUUUAAGAAUGUCAUCAAGAACCUCAAACUCACCCGAACUGACGGAAGAUCAGAAAAACCUUAUAAUAUUAGAUGGCCGACACUUUACUUCGAGAUUGAUAGGACAAAUGUAUCAUAAUGAAUGUUUCCAUCAAGGUCUCGAGACAGUUGGGUGCAAGAUAAGAGAAAAAUUCUGGAUAACAAAUCUACGACCACUUCUAAAGAAAAUUAAGAAAGAAUGCAUGAGGUGCAGAUUGAAUUGUGCGAAGCCUGUUCCCCCCCAAAUGGCGCCUCUACCAGAGUUCAGAGUAACAAGAACUAGCCACCCGUUCUUCUACACUGGAGUAGAUUACUUCGGACCGAUAGAAGUAACUGUAGGGAGGAGACACGAGAAACGUUGGGGAGUUUUGUUCAUAUGUUUGACAACUAGAGCUGUCCACUUGGAAGUUGCACAUUCUUUGAACACAGAAAGUUGUAUCAUGGCAAUCCAACGGUUCAUUAGCCGAAGACCCUGUCCAUCGAAGAUGUUCUCGGACAAUGGGACAAACUUUGUUGGGAGUGACAAAGAACUCAGGAAUGCUACUAAGUGUUUAAACAAUGUCCACAUUCAGAGGGUCAUAUCCAGACAAGGUAUCAAAUGGAACUUUAUUCCUCCUCGAGCCCCACAUAUGGGCGGAUGCUGGGAGAGACUCAUCAGAUCAGUUAAAACCGCAUUAAAAUUUGUCAUGCGUUCCCAGUAUCCUAAGGAUGAAGAACUUCAAACCUUUCUUGUUCGAAUAGAAUUUAUCAUCAAUUCAAGACCACUGACUAAUGUACCAAUUGACCCACUCGAUCCAGUCCCGCUCACUCCAAACCAUUUCCUUAGAGACGCCUUCAAAAUAGAUAUCAAUGAAGACAAACUUUGCAGAAGGCAACUAACUCGAGUUAAGACCCUACUAGACAACUUUUGGAAAAGGUGGAUUCAUGAGUAUUUACCCUGCUUGACAAGGAGGUGCAAAUGGCAUAAAAGAACUGUUCCACCUGAAGUUGACGACUUGGCAAUAAUCGUAGAUGAAGACAACGCACGUAACACCUGGCCCCUUGGAAGAAUAUCUGCCCUAUACCCCGGUCGAGAUGGACAAGUAAGAGUUGUUGACAUCACAACACCAAAAGGUACUUUUCGACGUCCGAUGACAAAAAUUGCCAUUCUACCUGAGGAGGGGAAAGAUGUUAAUGACUAA